ACAAUCGAAACCCGUGGGCGGACAAAGUGAAUUGAGGAAGUCGGUUUCAAAGAAAGCGUCAGAGAACUCACAUCACACUCGCCGUCCAUUCUCAACUUCUUUUUAUAUAUAAGGACGAUGCGGAGAUUCGUACUUUUUGCCAGUCUCAGAAACCACUUUAGGCGCCGCUUUCACUCUCAUUAUAUCAAUCAAAAUCAAACCCAUCUUCUUUCUUCUCGUUUCUUAUCCUCUUCAAUGGCUUCUUCCAAGUCAUCUCCUGCUGUCACCAUUGACACUAUCAACCCAAAGGUUGUUGAUUUUCAAUGUUUCUCUUUCUGUUUCGUUUGUUUGAUUGGAUAUGUCUUUGAAGGUGGUGACUUGAUUGUUAGUUUACAUUGUUUCUCCAUCUGGAUUUGUCUUCAAGGACAAAUAGGCCUGGUGGUUUUUGGAAUCACUUCUCCAACUAAUUGUAAAGUUAUAAAAUGUCAGUAUGCUGUUCGUGGCGAGAUUGUAAUCCUUGCCCAGAAGUUGCAACAAGAGUUACAGGCUAAGCCAGGUUCUCACCCCUUUGACGAGAUACUAUACUGCAAUAUUGGAAAUCCCCAGUCUCUUGGUCAGCAGCCAAUAACAUUUUUCCGAGAGGUCCUUGCAUUGUGUGACCAUCCAGCUAUUUUGGACAGAAGCGAAGCACAAGCUUUGUUCAGUACUGAUUCCAUUUCGCGAGCUUGGGAGAUUCUGGAUCAAAUUCCUGGAGCUGCAACUGGUGCUUAUAGUCAUAGUCAGGGUAUCAAGGGAUUACGUGAUACCAUCGCUGCUGGAAUUGAAGCUCGUGACGGUUUUCCUGCUGACCCAAAUGAUAUUUUCUUGACAGAUGGUGCAAGCCCAGCUGUCCAUGUGAUGAUGACUUUACUUAUAAGAUCAGAGAAAGAUGGAAUCCUUUGUCCCAUUCCUCAGUACCCACUAUACUCUGCUUCAAUUGCUCUCCAUGGUGGCACUCUUGUUCCUUAUUAUCUCGAUGAAGCAAGGGGUUGGGGAUUGGAAAUAUCAGAGCUUAAGAAGCAGUUGGAAGAUGCCAAGGCCAAAGGUAUUACUGUUAGGGCCUUGGUUGUAAUAAAUCCAGGGAACCCAACAGCGCAGGUUCUUGCUGAAGAGAACCAGCAAGACAUUGUGGAGUUCUGUAAGCAAGAAGGUCUUGUUCUUCUUGCAGAUGAGGUAUACCAGGAAAAUGUUUAUGUUCCAGAGAAGAAAUUUAACUCUUUCAAGAAGGUUGCCCGAUCUAUGGGGUAUGGUGAGGAGGACAUAUCCCUAGCAUCUUUUCAGUCAGUCUCUAAAGGUUACUACGGGGAGUGUGGAAAAAGAGGAGGUUACAUGGAGGUCACUGGGUUUACUCCUGAUAUAAGGGAACAAAUAUACAAAAUGGCAUCUGUGAAUCUUUGUUCUAAUAUUUCUGGUCAAAUUCUUGCAAGCCUUGUCAUGAGUCCACCCAAGGUUGGAGAUGAAUCGUAUGAAUCUUACUGUGCAGAAAGGGAUGGAAUUCUCUUGUCAUUAGCUAGGCGUGCAAAGACAUUGGAAGAUGCUUUAAACAGUUUGGAAGGUAUAACAUGCAACAACGCAGAAGGAGCAAUGUAUCUCUUUCCUCGCAUUCAAUUGCCAGAGAAGGCAAUCAAAGCUGCAGAAGCCGCAAAAUGUGCUCCUGAUGCAUUCUAUUGCCGUCGUCUCCUAAAUGCCACUGGCAUUGUUGUUGUUCCUGGGUCUGGUUUCGGGCAGGUUCCUGGCACUUGGCAUUUCAGGUGCACAAUACUGCCUCAGGAGGAUAAGAUUCCAGCCAUUGUUUCCCGACUCUCAGACUUCCAUAAAAGUUUCAUGGACGAGUACCGUGACUAAGCGAUAUCUUUAGAACUGGAGUUGGAUACGGCUUGACAUCUGCAAUUUCUCAUCAGAUCAGACAACACAAAUUUGCAUUAUAUGCUGAUGCUUUUCGUGGAUGCAAUAGCCUGCAUAAUGGCAAAUGUAUGUAAAUCAUAAACUGGCAACACCAAUAAAAGCCAACAGACCUACAUCUCCCAUGUAAACUGUAGUAUAUUAUAUCUUAUAGAUUUACUUUCAGUUGGCAAGUUUGUAGAUGAAGUAAACAUAUAUAUAGCAAUGCCAAUAAUAGCUUGCACAGUUUAAAAA